AUGUCUUCUACAUCUUACGAGGGCCUAAUGGCAUUGAGCAGUUGUAUGCUGGGCUUGUCAACAAUUUCUGUGGCCUUGCGGUUUUGGGUGCGAACGAAGCAGAAGGCUUCAUACAAAGCCGAUGACUGGUUCAUGGUUCCAAGUCUUCUUUUGCUGAUUGGUGCCAUAAGCUGCGCAUUAUGGGGAAUGCAAAAGAAAGUUGUUGGGUAUCCCUCUCCUAAAGACCCAAAGGUUCUAGCCGCAACACAGCCGAUGACUUCAAAGCUCUACAUCACUUUCCAGAUAUUUCUUGUUCUGACUCUCGGCUGCAUUAAGGCCAGCGCCCUGUUCUUCUACUAUCGAAUUUUCUGUGUGUCCGGCCGCAGUCAGCUUUUCCGGAGCUUGAUCCUCGUUUCACUUACCAUAACGCUUCUAUGGACGAUCGCAUAUCUUCUUCUGACAGUUCUACAAUGUGGAACUCAUUUUGCUGCUUUGUGGGCUGUUCGAGCUGUCAAAAUCCAGUACUGCCAUAUAUCGUACCCGUACUUGUUGAGUUUUGCUAUUUCGGACUUUAUCAUGGACUUUUGGAUUAUUGUACUUCCACUUCCACAGAUAUGGCGUAUCAAGUCAACAGUUCAUCGCCGAGUGGGUGUUUCGGCAAUUUUCCUCUUGGUUAUCGUUGGCUUCGCAGCGUGUAUCGCACGAAUGGUGGUAUAUGUGCAGAUUAAUGCCAUGGGACCAAAAGCAAAACUUGAUGCUAGACUGGUCAACUCCAAAUCAAUCUACCUCUCAAUACUCGAAGUCGGACUCAGCUGCAUAGCAGUGAACCUUCCAUCAUUAUGGUUCCUCGUUACCAAAAUCAAACCCGAAGACAUCCUUCGUAGUGUACGCAGCAUCAUAUCCCUUCAAUCUUUCCGCUCCACCGGAUCUCACGACAGCAAGAUUCCUGGUACUAGCAAGUCUGAUAAUUACGUGCAGGUGGAAGACAAGAAUGCGAGUCUCCAAAGUUCCUCAAAUGGUCAUCUUGCGAGGCCCGACGCGAUACAUAUUGAGACAAAGGCGGUUCAUGAUGUUGAGAGCGAUGCUGGAGAGCAGCCGGUGGAUGUUCAUGUCAAGAAGAGCUUUUACCAGAGCUCUGAGCAUGUUUAUGGGAAGGAGAUACUGUAG